GAGAGAUAUCAUAUCAUAUAUUGAUGUCAGCGAAAGAAAAGACUUUCCCUUGGAGUAUUUAUUUUUUUGAUGCUUAAAAAAUUCCUCACUGUUUACCUCUUUCUUCUCAACUCACCACUGAAGAACUAGAAGAAGAAGAACUAACUAGAAAACCAAGGAGAAUCAAAGGGUUUUUGAGUAUGGCUACUACUACUAGUAAAGUGGAGAAAGAAGGUGGUAAGAGUAGUCAAGAUGAAGUUGUUUCUAUUGAGCUUCCUGCACCUCCUGGUUGGAACAAAAAGUUUGUGCAGUUCAUUGUGAAGAAAAGAGGAGGAACACCUAAAAAGAACGAAAUCGUAUUCACUGCUCCAUCCGGCGAGGAGUUUCACACCAGAAAACAACUGGAGCAAUUCCUCAAGUCACACCCUGGUGGCCCUGCGUUAUCAGAGUUUGAUUGGGGAACAGGUGAAACUCCAAGGAGAUCCGUGAGGAUCAGUCAGAAGGUGAAGGCUAUAUCACCUCCUGAAAUUGAGACGCCUACAAGGAAACGGAGUAAGAAAUUGUCAAGUGGUAGGAAGGAUAAUAAAGAAGCAGAAGUUGUUCAGAAAGACGAUGAAGGGGACAAAGACGUUGUCAUGCAAGACAAAGAAGUAACCGAGGAAGAUAAACCAGGAACAGAGAAAGAGGAAGCUGCUGAAGGAGUAGAGAAAGAGAAGGCUGUCGAAGGAAAUGACAGUGAGAAUAACAUUGAAGCAGAAGUGCCAAAGGACAUGAAAAUUGAAGAUAUAGCUAAAGAAAUCAUGAAGGAUGAUACAGGAACUGUUCCUCCUGCAACUGUAGAUGUUGAAGGAGAUAAAAGUGUUGACGUACCAGAAACUCAAGGCGCGAAAGAUGUCGAGGCAGCGCCUGCAGAAGUUUCAGGAGAGAAAGAUGGUGAGGUAACACCUGCUGAAGUUCAGGCAGAGAAAAAGGUUGAUGUACCCAUGGUUGAAGUUCAGGCAGAGACAAAGGUUGAUGUACCCAUGGUUGAAGUUCAGGCCGAGAAAAAGGUUGAUGUACCCAUUGUUGCAAAAAGUGAUGCGGACAAGGAUUUUGACGUACAAAAAGAUGCAGGUAUGAAUAUUGAUGAUAAGAAAGAUAAGGAAGCUGCUGUUGUUGAGGAGACUCCAGGCAGCAAAGAAAUCGGAAAAGAGGAGGCACACCUACCAAAAGCAAAUAAAGAGGGUGAAAAUCACGAAGAAGUUAAAAAAGAAGAUGGUGCUGUUUCCUCUGGAGUAGAGAGCGAAAAGAUCAAUGGCACUGGAGGUCAAUCUGUCGGGGAGGUCAAAGACAAACAAGCUUCACAUGGUAAUCAAAUGGGUCGAGUUGAUGCGCCUCCACCCCCCCUGCUGUGAGCUGUUGAAUCUAGUCCCAUCUCUCCUAAUCCCUGAUAAGAGUCCUUUUCAUAUAACUGUAGUCUAAAAUUGAUGUUUGAUCUGAUUGUUCAUGGCGCGAUAUUUCUAUGAUCUACCCCAGUACACUCAUGGAUUAGGCCCUUUUUUGUUGUUGCUGCAUUGCACCAGACUCGGAUUUUAAAUUUGUAGUUAUGCAUGUAAGUUAAGUGAAAAUUGCUGUAUGUGUCCAGUUACUGCUGUUAUUAAACUAUGGAUUCAUGUCAAGACCUUUUUCACAUAAUUGUUUAGUGUAUUUUGUUCCA